UUCUGCUUCCUGCCGGGGCGUGUUUGAACGUGUGGGGGUGGGCGGGUGAGUGCUCGCCUCCUCGGUGGCACCUUCUUCGCGCCGCUGUGCCUUCAGCCGCCCGCGCUUCAAGGUAGAUGCCAGUUUGCAAUGAGUCUUAAAACCUUCUGGAAGGACAACAAAGUUCUGAUUGUUAUGGGAGCUAGCCUGGGGCUAGUGCACUGGGGCUGGUAUUACUUGAAGUCCAGUCCUAUUUUCGAAGUGAAGACAGAGGAUUUUUCUCCAGAACGUGACAUUCUGACAUUCAUGAUGCAAAGCAUUCGCAAAAGCAAAGAAAAAUAGCAUUAGUACUUUGAUUUUUGGGUAUAACUAAGCUUGAAGGUUUUCAUCUGUGACUGUUGCCAGAAAAGAUGAAGAAAACUACCUGGAGUAGAAAGAACUUUCUGCUUGUGGCAGGACUGUCACUUAUAGGUGUCCAUAUAGGAAGCAUACUUGUAAACUAUGUUGCAAAAAAGUCUGCCCAGUCUCAUUCAGAAGCUAGAAAAAAUCGUCUGGAAUGAAAUAGCGCCCUGCUGUUUAUCCAUUUUGCAUGAUUUAAGCCUCGUUUUAAGAGAGCUGUGAUGAGUAGUUUCAGGAAUGUUAUAUAUACUGUUUCACACCGAAAAUAAUCCUUACCUGCAAAGAAUUAAAAUGUACUACUCUUAAAAUAUGAAAGUGCAAUGAAUUAUGGAUCCAAGCAAAAAUGAAAUGUUUUUUUGGCUAGAAUUAAAGUCUUACCUUCAAAAUGUCUCGCCUUGAAGCUAAAAAGCCUCCGUUAUUUACUAGCAAGCCGUUAACUAGAGAUGCAGUGAGUCAGUCACUGUCUCUGCUGAGUGGGGUAUUAAAAUCUUCCUACGGUCCUGCUGGUCGACUCAAACAGCUCCACAAUGGUGCGGGGGGCUGUGUUUGUGCCACUUCCCAAUCCUCAGCCCUCCUGGGGCACCUUUCCAUCAGCCAGCCCGUGCUGCGUGUCCUGACAGCCUCUGUAUUGAACCACAUGUCACGUUUCAGUGACUGUGGCUUAUUCACUGCCAUUCUUUGCUGUGGCUUCAUUGAAAAUUUCAGGAGCCUGAAUGUUGCACCUUUUACUGUCAUUCAAAUAAGCAAGCAUCUUCUGAGUCUGUGCAUGAACCACCUGAAAUCUGAGGCCUGUGGUUGCCGGGUGUCUGUGGAUUUUAGCAGUCUUGAGACUCUUGUUUGUUUGGUACGGAGCAUUUUAACAAGCAAACCUGCUUGCAUGCUUAAUAAAACUGAAGUUGAUCAUCUCACCUCGCUGGUUUUAAAGGCUUUUAUAUUUACUGUUCCGUGUCAUAUUGAGACUAAUGCUGUUUUAGGCAAGUGUGUGGUAAUACCUGUGAAAGGUAGAAGAGUUGUGGAUUCUGCAGUUCUUCCUGGACUGCUGAUAGAAACGCCAGAAAUCCAAUUGGGAAAACCACUUGCUGUCAAAAGGACUGGUUCAAACGUGAUCAAGAUUGCACUUUUCAGUGUGUCCAUGUCAGGUGACAGCUCUAACCCUGAGGAAGGAACUAUAGCAGUCCAUCACGGAGUUUCUCUGGAAGCGUCAGAGCUGAAUCAGCUGCUCAAUGUGGGGCAGCAGCUGGUUAAGCAUGAGGUGGGCCUUGUGCUGUGCCAGAAGGUGAUGCAUCCCUCCUUGAAGCAGUACCUGAAGGAGAAUGGUGUUAUGGCUGUGGACAGGGCAGGGCUGUCUCUGAUGGAGCCCCUGAGGCGUGUGACAGGUUCACAGCCUAUAGCUUCUAUACAUUCAUUGUCUCCUGGCUGUUACGGCAGUUUGAAAGAUUUGUGCAUUGAGAGUUUUGCUUCAAAGCAUUUUUUACAUCUAAUUCCUGAGGACACAGUUAUCUGCAGCCUGAUACUCUGUAACAGAAGUGAAACAGCAUGGGAUGAGUUGAAGCGUGUCUGUGAAACUGCAGAACAUGUGUUACAGUUAACAGUGAAGGAACCUUUGGCAUUAUUAGGAGGAGGCUGUACAGAAACUCACCUGGCUUCAUACAUAAGACACAAGAGUUCUAGUCUGCCUGCCAGCACUUUCAAAGACUUGGGUUGUUCUCAGACACAGUACCAAUUGGUUGCUGACGGGUUUUGCCGUUCCCUGGAGACUGUAGCUCGCUCUCUGAGUCAUGAUGGUGAAGAAGUUCUGACAGAUGUGGUUUAUGGACACUGUUGGUUUGUUCCCUCAGGUUCUCCUUGUGCCUCUAGGUGGUCAGAUUUAGUUUCAAAAUGCAGCUGUGGGGUGAAUGAUAACACAGAAGACCUCAGCUGGAGCUUUUUGCAAGGACAGUCUAGCUCUCCCAUUUUACAGGGCUGUCCUAAAGAGCCCUCAGUAAAGGUUGCUGACCUCCGGACUCUGGAUUGCUUUGCUGCCAAGUGCAGUGGCCUGCAAGUAGCUCUGGAGACAGCCAACCUGAUUUUGGAUCUCUCAUACAUAAUUGAAGAUCAAAAUUAGCUCUGAUCUUAUGUGAUUUGUGUUAUAUAGCAAGACAACACUGAUUUGAAGGCACGGUAACAUAAUGUGUUAAAAUAUUUGAAAAGGCUAGAAUGUGGACAGCAGAUGGAAAUUUUAAAUUCAACAGCUGACCAUUGAAUACUCUUCUCAUUGUUAACCUGUUGUGCUCUCAAGCAUUUUCAAAUGUUCAGCCUGUUCCCUCUGCAGUAAGGAAAGUUUUGGAUGUUGGUUAGCUCUGUGGCACCUUCAAAAGAAUGGGAAAAAUAGAUUCACUUGCUGAGAAAACAUGUUAUGUGUUAGGAUUUAUACAGUCUCAGCAAAAGCUUUACACAUUCUCAAAGAGACAUUUAUAUUGCAGCAGAAUUUAUCACUGGUAUUUUUAAUUUUGUAAAUAAAAAAGGCUUAGCAGAUAGGUUGAGUCACUUGUUUUUAAUUUUGUCCUUAAGUUUUUGUCUCUGUAUACUAUAUGUAUAUGCAGUUUCUAUUUCUAAAUGGGUGAAAGAUUUAAAUUUGUAUAUGUAGUUUACUUAACAAGUUAUAAAAACUCAACCUAUAAUUCUUAAGGUAGCAAGUAGGUAAUGGAAGAUUUGAAAAGAACUAGCAUACUGGAUGGAAAAAACUCUUGUCAAGUGGACCUUGAUUGUCUUCUGGGGAAUACAGGGCAGUCUCUAAUGAAGUUUCUAUAAUUUAAGCAAAGCUGCAAGACUGUCCACCUUGCCAUUCAAUUAGCUCUUUGACUGUGCAUGGCUUCUUUUAAUGAAGUAAGGCUUUAAGCUGCAUAGACUUGUUUUGAUCUUUAAAUAAGACUCUAGACUGAAUGAUCAAAACUUUUUCUCAUUCUCAGCUUGCAUGCAAGAUCAAAAAGGGUGGUACAUUUUCUUGCUUUAGCUCAUUUUCUUUGUCACUUUUCUUCUCCCUCUUUGUUUUCAGUCACAAGGGACAAAUCAUUCAUGGUGCAUUUCCAGAAAACAUCCGAGUCAGUUGCCGUCUAGUCUGCUUAUUUUUUUUCUUGGUCUCUUAAGUUUUUAAUAUAUUUAUUUACUGUAUAUAAGCAGUAGAAUUGUUAUGGAUAACUCAGUUUUGAAAUAUGUAAUUAAAACCAGAUCUUUCCAGAACUUUGUACAAAGUCCUUUUAAUUUUGAGAACAUAAGAAAUCAUUUUCUCACUGGGGAAAAAAAUUAAGAGUUAUUUAAAGCUUUUUAUCUUUUUAUGACCUGAAAUGAUUGCUUCAGUGCCGAAAGGCAUCCUUUGGGGACUUGUGCAAGAUAGUUACAAGAGCUGAGAAUGGAGGCUGCUGAAAGCUGGUUUGAAAGCUAAUAAAGCUGCUUUCAUAUCUUGAUCCUCCCAUAUGCCAUGAGGAGACAUCAGGAAAAAUGAAGCCAAAUGAUGGUGCAUAUCUUAAGGCACAGAAGAAUCUUGGUAAUGCUUCAUCUAAUUAUGAUUCUCCAGCUCAGAGUGCUGAAUUAUACUGCUUUACUUCCUAUAAUAGCAGCUUGUUAUGCAGUGUGGAAAAUGUUGAGUUUAGUGACUACAGCUGUGAAGUGAAAAUUAAAACAAUAUUCAAGUAGAA